CAACCAUUCCACCCAUUUCCAAAACAUAUCCAAAGCAAAUUUAUCCAUUGAUUAUUAAAACAAAACCAAAAUUUGGCUCAACUGAUUGACAAGCUGUUCUCACCUAGGCAUAGACAAGAACAUACCUUACUUCCGAGGGAAUCAGCAGGCCAUGGUCUGUCAUGCUUAAUCUGACAAUUAUAUUAGACAAUGCAAUGCCUUCGAUCUGCCCGUUAGAUUGAAGAUAAGUGCAAAUUACCUUGUGAGGGUCUCCAUCUGUCUCUGUCUCUCUAUGCAUAUACAAGGCAGAGCAUUCCCCACUCGACAACAAUCCAACAUUAUUCAGAAUCUCUCAUGACAGGUAAAGGCUCUGUAGUGCCAUGAUAAAUGUUUGAUUACCAUUUUAAGUUUCCCAGAGCUGAAAUCCUCAAAAUUGCCCAAAUUCAACAACACCCACAAAAGGAAAAUAGCUGAAUCAUGAAUGUUUGAUUACCAUUUUAGGUCUCCCAGAACUGAAAUCCUGAGAAUUGCCCCAUUUGAACUAACACCCACAGAAGGAAAAUAGCUGAAUCAUGAAUGUUUGAUUACCUUUUUAGGUCUCCCAGAGCUGAAAUCCUGAAAAUUGCCCAAAUUCAACAUUACCCACAAAAGGAAAAUAACUGAAUCGCGAAUGUGUUUGAUUACUAUUUUAGGUCCCCCAUUUCAAACACCACCCACAAAAGGAAAAUAACUGAACCAUGAAUGUUUGAUUACAAUUUUGGGUUUCCCAGAGCUAUCCUGAAAAUUGCCCAAAUUCAACAACACCCACAAAAGGAAAACAACUGAAUCACAAUCUGUUGAGAGUUUAAAUGGGUUCAGACAUGGACAUGCCUAUGCAGAACAGUAGCCCACCAGAUAUGGGCAUGAAUAUGACUGGCAUGCAAAUGGGUGGCAUGCAAAUGACUUUCUACUGGGGAAAAAGAAUGGAGCUCAUUUUCCCUGGAUGGGAGUCCCACACAGUAGCCAUGUACUUGCUCUCACUGGUUGCUCUGUUUGUUCUGGCCUUCUUCAACCAGUCCCUCCAGUAUGUUAGGAAUCGGAUUGUCAAUCUCGAUCAUGGAAGUAAUAACAGCAAAGAUUUGGGUACAAAACGUUUGGGGACUAGUAUUGCUGAAACGGUGGUCUUUGCAGUUAAUGCAGGAACUGGAUAUCUUCUCAUGUUGGCUGUGAUGUCUUAUAAUGUGGGAGUUUUUGUGGUUGUUAUAGCAGGGCUUUCUGUGGGUUUCUUCUUCUUUCAUUCUUGGCAGGGAUCUGGUCGCAUCGCUGAGAUUUCUCAGGGUUCUGCUAAUCAGACGGCGGGAUGUGCGACUCCCUGAUCAGAUAAGCUUACCACGGAAUGUAUGCUUGGGGUUUUUGCCUGAGGAUGUAUGCUGGUCUUGAGAUUUGAACCUGGUACCUUGAGCUUUGUUGGGAUACUUUGAUGGGUUUCUGCUUUUAUUAGUACCUGUUUGAGUACUAUUGUGUUUAAAAUGUUGUUUUUUCAAUCAGUAUUAUAAUUAGAAAUGGAUUCGUUAUAUUAGUUUGCUAUUCUAAUCCAUUUUAAAUAUUUUGAUUUUUAAUGUUAGACCAGAAUUUGAUUUGCUGUAUGUACAAG